UCCGCCCCUCUAUGCCUGCCUAGCACAAACAGCGGUCGGGAGAGUAAAUACAGAAAGCCCCAAGAUGGCGGAGUCACUGAGCUUCAUUCACUUUGGUGCAGCGACCAAAAGCCCGCUCGCCAAAUCUAAAGAACCGAAACUAGAGUCGGACACCCGGCCGCAGUCUUCCCGGGACAUUCACCCGCCGCCGCCCAAGCGAGUCCGAAACGACGAGAAGAGCCUUAAACCUAAGAAACUAAAUGGGGAAGGAGGUGCAGGGGGAGGUGGCGGCGCAGUGGAGAAGCAGCACCAGAAGCAGAGUUCAGGCAACCCGACAACAUGGAGCUUCAGCCCCGUCAAGGCGAGCAGCAACCCCUCGGCGCCCCUCCAGCCUCCCAUUCACACAGUGUUCAAGCAGAGCUCUUUCCUCGCCUCCCAUACCAAACCACCAUCCAAAAAGCCCAAGGAAAAACGAGAGAAAGAGAAGGAUUUCAAGGAAAAGAAGAAACAUAAACCAGUCCCUGGUACUCCUGGAAAUAUUAGCAGCAGUCUGAGUAACGUCACUACUGUAAUGAAGAAGGAGAACGGGGAGAUGAAGUUGGUGCAAAAAGACCACACCAGUAAGGACAAGACGAAGAAGAAGAAACACAAAGUGAUGAAUGAGAUCAAGAGGGAGAACGGAGAGGUGAAGCUCCUUCAGAAAGACAAGCAGAAACCCCAAAUAAACUCAGAGGAGCUCCAGAUUAAGAAGGUGAAGAAGAAAAAGAAGAAGAAACACAAAGAGAGUGAGCGAGAGAAGGAGAAGUGGAAACGGACCAAGAUGUACAGCAGGUCCAGCCAGACCGUGUGUGCUGGUCUCCUCUCUGAGCUCCAUGCAGGCCUGGCCUCCAAACAACAGCACCACCACCACCACCACGGCCACACAGAGUUCAAACCCCCGCUCCCUGUCCACCACACCUCCACCACCUCAUCCAUCAAACAGGAGAACUGUUACAGCCCCUCUCCAACUCUGUCCCUCUCCAAGCCCCUAUGGAGCAGCAGCAAUAGCAGUAACAGUAGCAUUAGCAGUUGGGACCCAGCUUCCCCCAUGACAUCCCCCCUCCAGAUGCCCCAGCCACGGUGCCCCCAGCCUGGCUUUGAGAACCUGGAGUUCGCCCGCUUCAUCCACGUAGAGGAACAACCCAACGGUGGAGCCCUGGUGGCACACGCCUACUGCAGCGAGCUCUCGGCCCUGUCUCCAGCGGAGAUGCAGCUGUUCGCCCAGGAGUUUGUUACCCUGGCCUUCAGUGAGGACGUGUCAUCCCAGGCAGCUCAUUACGUCAUGGGCAUCAUCCACGGGGCGGCCUCCUACCUGCCAGACUUCCUGGACUACUUCUCCUGGAAGUUCCCCUCGUCGCCGGUCAAGAUGGAGAUCCUGGGGAAGAAGGAUAUAGAGACCACCACCAUGCUCAACUUCCACAAUCAGGUAAAGAGAAGGUACAGCCACGGGACGUACCGGGCAGGUGCCAUGCGUCAGAUCAGUCUGGUGGGGGCAGUGGACGAGGAGGUGGGGGAUUACUUCCCAGAGUUCAUCUCUAUGCUGGAGGAGUCGCCCUUCCUAGAGCGGACGUUACCGUGGGGUACGUUCUCCAGUCUGAAGCUGAAGAGUCCAACAGAGAGUGACGACGGGCCCAUCAUGUGGGUGCGACCUGGGGAACAGAUGAUCCCUGUUGCUGACAUACCAAAGUCUCCCUACAUAAGGAGAAGGUGAGGGCUCACUGUGUUCACAGGUAGUAGGUCCUACUUUCACACGGAGAUGCAAAUGUCUGGUUUUACAGGAUCCUACUUCAAGAGGAACUACUCGGGGUCUUAACACACACGUUAUGUUCUGUUAUCCUCAUGGGGACCUACAAUGUAUUUCCAUUCAACAUCCUAUUUUCCCUAACCAGUAAUCCAACCCUAAUUGAAACCCUAACCCCUAAAUUUAAAAUAGCCUUUUAAAAAUAUAUAUUUCACCUUUUAUUUAACCAGGUAGGCCAGUUGAGAACAAGUUCUCAUUUACAACUGCGACCUGGACAAGAUAAAGCAAAGCAGUGUGACAAAAACAACACAGUUACACAUGGGAUAAACAAACGUACAGUCAAUAACACAAUAGAAAAAUUCUAUGUACAGUGUGUGCAAAUGUAGAAGAGUAGGGAGGUAAGACAAUAUAGGCCAUAGUGGCGAAAUAAUUACAAUUUAACAUUAACACUGGGGUGAUAGAUGUGCAGAUGAUGAUGUGCAAGUAGAGAUACUGGGGUGCAAAAGAGCAAAAAUAAAUAACAAUAUGGGGAUGAGGUAGUUGGUUGGGCUAAUUACAGAUGGGCUGUGUACAGGUGCAGUGAUCGGCAAGCUGCUCAGAUAGCUGAUGUUUAAAGUUAGUGAGGGAAAUGUAAGUCUCCAACUUCAGUGAUUUUUGCAAUUCGUUCCAGUCAUUGGCAGCAGAGAACUGGAAGGAAAGGCGGCCAAAGCA